UCAUCAAUCUCAAGCCUUGUACGAUUGUACGUAGGAAUUCCAAUAGGUUCAUGCAUGCCUGUCGUCAACUCUUUUGGUAGCUCUUCACCCUUUCGGUAGCGCAGCUGAGCAUGAUGUUUGGAGCUGUUGAGCCCCAAAGCUUGCUGAUGGCUGUGCCACGACGACGAAGGCUUCCGGAGGAGCUUGUGCCGGAACGGUGGAAAAGUUUGAAUGCAACAGUUAGAUUUGGAGCGUAUCAUUCAUUGAUUCCGUUCCCACUCCAUCACUCGUCGAGUACUCGUACUCGUACCUCCAUUCAUCUUUGUUUUCGCAGUGGCUGUUUUAGAUGAAACGCACCUUCCUGCUAUUCCUAGCAGUACUUGUCCCCUCCUGUUCCAUAUCUGCUUCCUCGUCCUCGGGUCUUCGAGGCGGCAACCUUGGCCAUGGUUCUGCCAAUCCUGCAAAAGAAGAAACGCAGCAGCAUAGCGUUCUGUUUCAGAAGGGAUUCGUAUCAACCUGGCUAGACGAAAAUGUUUGGGAUCACCCCGUACUAGCCGCCGAUCGAGUGGUCUUUCAAUUGCCCGAAAGCUUCACGGAGCAGAGUGGAAGUGCAUCAUCUUUAGACACAAUCGAGGUCGAUCCUACUAGUCAGCAGCGGUUGCUGGAGGGUGAAGUGGUGCCCACAAAUCAGGGCGAAGGCUUGGUGGUGUCGGUGACCUUUCGGGAGAUUUACAAGGUUAUAAUUUUCAUUGCCUUUGCCUGGCUGCUUGGAACACUAUCCGUGUACAUUGGCUUACCAAGCCUCGUGGGAGAGAUUGUAGCUGGGUUUCUUCUGGGACCCCCUCUGGCAAACUUUGUGCCUUUCCCCGGGGCAUUAGUGUUGGCUGGCAACAUUGGACUCAUUGGCUUGAUCCUGGAAUCAGGAAUUGGUUUGGAUGUGGCUCAAUUGACGGAAGUAGGCAGUCGAGCUCUGGUGAUGGCCGUUCUGGGGUCAUCCAUGCCACUGUUGGCUGGAUUUGGUGUAGGACGAUGGAUAGGGAAGGAUGUCAAAUCUGCGAUUGCUGUGGGCGCAGCCUUUGCCCCUAGCUCAUUGGGUGUCGCUUCAGCCGCUUUGAGCGCUGGGGAAGUUCUGAACACGCCAAUUGGGCAACUCAUUGUUGCCAGCAGUGUUUUCGAUGAUGUGUUUGGCUUGAUCUUGCUGAGUAUCCUCGAGGUGUUUGCCAAUCCAAAUCCCACAGCGUUUGACUACAUCCUCCCCUUUUUGGCUAGCUUUGGCUACUUGGUUGUUCUUGGGCUUCUUGGCAUCACAGUCCUUCCGAAGCUCAUCGAAAAGAAGAUCCUUCCACUGGUGGCGGAGGAUCAUCGAGAUCAGUUCGCCAUGAUUCUCAUGAUGCUGCUCAUGACUGCCUACAUGCUGGCAUUGAACUACUCUGGCGCUUCGUACUUGACGGGCGUGUUCCUUGCAGGCAUGACCUUCAGUCAGAUACACACAGUUCAUGCGUCUUUCCAGAAGCAUGGUCGGCCCCUGUUGGAGUGGUUGUUGCGGAUCUUCUUCUCCGCAACGAUUGGCUUUCAAGUUCCAGUCAAGUUCUUCUCGAAAGUUUACGUGAUCAAGUGGGGCUUUGCUCUUUUGCUGCCAGUGUUUGCCAAAGUUCCGCUUGGUUUCUUGGUACCACACUUCCAGCGUGACAUCCCGCAAGACUUCCCCUACAACCCCUACUUCAGAGAUGUCAUUGUCACAUCCUUGUCCAUGGCUUGUCGAGGAGAAUUCAACUUUAUCGUGGCUUCCUAUGCGUUGAGCCAAGGGUUGUUUCAGGCGGAAACGUACUCGGCAGUCAUCUUCGCUGUCCUAUUUGGCAGCAUUGUUUGCCCCCUGGUGUUGUCCAAGGUGCUGCAGUACUACAACACCCUAUCCAUUGGCUACCUGGAAGGGAAGCAUCCAAUCGAGCGCAUUGGCAACACUUGUGAUGGGUACCGCCCACUUUUCCUUGCUAUUCAGGCCCGAACCCCUGUCCAUUGGAGCCUCCAGGAGGCGUUUGAACGAAGUCUGGCAGAACAUGGGCUUCUUAUCAUUGACCAUCGAUCUUGGCAUACUCUUGGAAACAGCAAAGAAGCUGUUGAUAUUACAGAGCUGUUUGUGCAAGACACCAAGGUACGAGUGAGAAUCAAAGGCUGUUUCGGGACAACCAUGUCCGGGCGGCGUUCUGGUGGUGCGGACAGUUCCAAGGCGGACCAGGCAAUCAAAGCGACUGACAUGGAAGAACUAGUGAGAAUGCCAACUUCAAACAGCCCAGAUUCAAGCAUCAACGAAGAAACGGACGAAUUGGGCGAGAUUCAGGCUAGGUGCGAAGAAAUCAGAAAAGCCCUGUCCGAAUGCCUUGUGUCUGAUAGCCCUGAAGAUUAUGCUAUUCAGGUUUCACAGUGGGAGGCCUUUGUGGUAGACAAGAGCGGCCCAUCUGAACGUCAGCGCUUUUACUCCUUCCACUCGAAUGUCGCGGAGGACGCGGAAAAGGACGGAGAAGCGUCUGCUGAAGCCACUUCCUUCGUUGACAGUAGCAGUGAGCAGGAUUCGAAACCCAGGCUCCUCAGGAAGAGCACCACCCAUUCCGAACAUCCGGAUGAGGGACCAAGUCUUUCACAAGUUGACUUGUGGGAAGUGGACAAUGGGUGCCACGAUGCGUGCCGUGAAGGUUACGUGCAAUCCCCGGACUGCAAAGGUUGGGGAGUCCAAAACAUCACCGAGGGCCCAGAUGUGGAAGAAGUCGCUCGUCCAAGAAGCCGCCGCCAUCUGCGAGCGGUUAGCUUUGAUGCAAGCCUUCUUACCGCGCAUGAAACGGAGAGAGAUCUGGAAACGAAUGUCAUCCGCGAUCGACUCCAUGGUUAUGUUCGCCACGGCCCUCUUUUGCCUUUGCACGAGAGCUGAUUGCUUCGUCAGUCUCUGCUGCAACUUCCAGGAUCUACGCUCUCCUCCACAUUAAAGUCAAAUGUAAACAUAUACUGAUAAGACUAAAUACGUUGUUACGUCUCAA